UGGGCGAGCGGUAGAUCUUCCUGUUCUUUCUGACGCCUAUUCGACCAUCAUGGGUAGAUUUCACGAAUAUCAGGUGGUUGGCAGAAAGCUCCCCAGUCCAAAGGAUCAAAUUCCCCAACUUUACCGCAUGCGCAUAUUUGCACCCAACGAAGUAAUUGCAAAAAGUCGUUUUUGGUAUUUCCUGAAGAAACUUAAAAAAGUUAAGAAAGCUGCAGGCGAGAUCGUAUCGAUCAACGAGAUCUUUGAAAAGAGACCAUUACAAAUUAAAAAUUUCGGGAUCUGGUUGCGAUAUGAUUCUCGGUCUGGCACACACAAUAUGUACAAGGAAUACAGGGAAUUAUCGAGGACCGAUGCCGUUGAGGCUGCAUAUCAAGAUAUGGCUGCACGUCAUAGGGCUCGUUUCUCAUCAAUUCAAAUCAUUCGCGUUGCAACAGUAACAGCAGCAAAUGUGAGACGCCCAUACAUUAAACAACUUUUAGAUCCCAAUCUCAAAUUUCCUCUACCUCACCGUGUCAUUCGUGGUAGCAGAUCUACCUUCUUAGCAAAGCGUCCUUCAACCCAUGCUUAA